GACGCUUUUGUCAUCGUUGCUGACUGGGAGGAGUCGAUGUCAUUUUGUGUUACAGUUACAGUUCAGGUGCUUCGUUUGGCUAGCAAAGGCAAAGGCAACAAACAAAUCAGGUGAACAAGGAUGACAGGUGUGUGGCAGAUGAGCAAGCAGUUGCUGCUUUGGAUGAUGGGCCAGCCGGAGGAGACGCAGUGCAAAUACGAUUGGCUGGACGAUGAGGAGAACGAUAUGGAGGAGGAAUCAUCGGGCAUUGGCACAGUGAUUGCCAUCUGCAUGGCGCUGGUGGGAUUGGGAUUCGGUGCCUACCUCAUACCCAGUCCGCUGACCCAAGGCACUCGACCCAAUCGUCGCCUGGUUGUUGUCGAGGAGCGAGAACAGCAACAGCAACAGCUACAGCAACAACAGUUGACACGGGAACGCGAACGUCGCGCAGAGGUAAAGUUAAGAGGAGCAGCGUCUGAUCCUUUUGACAACUGGCAAGAUGUGCUGUUGCCACAUGGCGAGGAAUUCUCGUGGCUACUGCAAGCACAGCAGCACAAUCUGCGCUGCGUCUGCAGCGAUCGCCAGCAGCUGUUGCAGUUGCAACAACAAUUGCUGGUCAGCCUGCAGCUUCAGCAGCCAGCGGAUAUAUUCUACGAUUUUCCCAGCAGCGAUGAAAGUCACGAGGAGGACUUCAAGGAUUUGAAUGACCCCAGCCAAAUUGAUUUGGCUGCAGCUGUGCAACAUUAGAUGCUUUUUUUUGUUAGCCGCCAAACAAUGUUGCAUUCUCCCAAAAUUUACAGUCAAAGCUCUCCAAUAUUUCCAAGCAAAUAAAACACAGAGAGAAACGCGCAACAGUUGUUCAAAAUGUCGAAUAAAACGAGAGCCAAGCAUUAAUUAUUACGAA